AUGGUCAACUCCUGUUGUGGUUCCACCUGCUCUGGCCAGAGCUGUGGCCAGACCUGUUGCUGCCGGCCCACCUGCUGCCAGACCACCUGCUGUAGAACCACUUGCUGCCGCCCCAGCUGCUGUGUAUCUAGCUGCUGCCGCCCCAGCUGCUGCUCUUCCAGCUGCUGCAGGCCCAGCUGCUGUGGCUCCUGCUGCUGUCGUCCCACCUGCUGCCAGACUACCUGCUGCAGGACCACGUGCUGCCGCCCCAGCUGCUGUGUUUCCAGCUGCUGCCGCCCCUGCUGCUGCCAGACCACCUGCUGCCACCCAGAACCUCUACCCUCUGACACCAUGGUCAACUCCUGUUGUGGUUCCAACUGUGGCUCUUGCUGCUGCAGGCCCAUCUGCUGCCAGACCACCUGCUGCAGGACCACCUGCUGCCGUCCCUGUUGCCGCCCCUGCUGCUGUGGUUCUAGCUGCUGUGAUUCCAGUUGCUGCAGGCCCAGCUGCUGUGGCUGUGGCUGUGGUUCCAGCUGCUGCAGGCCCAGCUGCUCGUGCUGUUGUCGUCCCACCUGCUGCCAGACUACCUGCUGCAGGACCACGUGCUGCCGUCCCAGCUGCUGUGUGUCCAGCUGCUGCCGCCCCUACUGCUGCCAGACCACCUGCUGA